CCAUUACAGCACCUUAGGGCGGAGGCCGUGGAAGCACGUUGUGCAGUCGCCAUUGCAGCACCUUAGGGCGGAAGGCCAUGGAAGCACGCUGCGCAGUCGCCAUUGCAGCAAAAAAUUCGCCCAGCUCCGUCUUCAUAUCCGCCACCAUCUCCAUUGUCCUCCGCAAUCGACCGUUGAGGCACGCAGCGCAGCUUCAUUCGUACGAAAUGGCGAGCAAACAUGGUAGAGAAAGCUCAUCGGGUGCGUCUACACGGAAGGUGCUAGGUCGGGCUGCAACGUACCAUGAUAAAUACUCGGCGCUUGAUUGGCAUCUGCGAAUUAAGGUUCCCUACUGCGGGCCGGUGGUUUUCUUGAGAGACUCUAAAGGGGAUUUCUACCCGUGUGGCGGAAUAAAGAAUUACGCCUUCGACAAGCUUGAGGUGCAUGAGGAGUACAUGAGAUUCCACUUCACCACUUGUUUCGAUGCUGAUGGCAACGAGGAACCUGACAACUACAAACAGGUGUCCCUGCAUUUGCACAAGUUCGUGGGGUACGGUAUGCGCGCCGCUGCCAUGCCUCCGUUCGACAAGUCGCGAAAGAAAGACGGGUCUCAGGUCGUUAUGCUUCGGCCUCCAGAGUUUCUCAAGAAAAUUAACUGCCAUAAGGUGGCUACCCACGAGUGCACGGUGGGCAGCAAGCUGGCGUUAUCCACACCUCUUAUACCGUUCGAUAUUCUUGUCGACGAGUUCGCUUCGAAGCUUCGAUCGUACAGGUUGGAGACGUUGGGCCAGGUUAUUUUGCACAGUGCUAUCUCUGUUGGGUCGCCACAUGCUGGAGGGGCGACGAAAACCAAACUCGACAGUUCAGCAGGACAAACCGGGCAGGAGGGACCGGUUGGCAAGUCUGGGCCUGUGUUGAAACCCACUCUUCCCUCGCAUUCGCAAUCGAAAACGGUGCCAACAAGCAGUGCUCCGGGUCGACCACGGGAGGAAGGUCCGACGGAAACUUCGUGUUCGCGUGAGGACGGUGGCGGCGAGCACCCUGGGGAUUCGGAAAAGACAGAGGAUGACAUCACCCCUGGACAACGCGUGAUUGAGAGAUCCACGGACGACAAUGUUGGCCGUGACGAGGAUGAAACCGAAGAACGCAGUGAAGGUAAGGAUCGUCGAGAUGCCAACGAUGAAGAUGCCUGCGGCGAUGAGAAUGACCUCGAAGUCGAGGACGACACUGAAGGGGGGGGUGACGAUGAGGAAGGGAGCUACGAAGGGGGGAGCGAAGGGGAAAUGGACGGUGACAAUGCGUGCGGAGGGGGUGGCGGUGAGUACCGAAGACACACCUGCAGUGCAACUGUCACAUCGAGACACGAGGACGUCCUCGUUGGCACGCAGAGAUCAGUAUGCUCGCGCAAGAGAAAAACGACAUCUCGACGGCAAGACGACGAACAGACCCGGAGGCAGUCCAAGUUAAUUGGUUUGGCAACAUCGCAGGAGGCGUACAAGAAAGCGCUGGAAACACAAUCGGCAAAGCCGACCACUGAAAAGCGCGAACGUCCACACUCGUCACAAAGGCAGAAGAAACCGAAGGUGGACGGCCCGAAGGAAGUGGCAGACUCUGGUGAUGAGGCGGUGGGGGUUGAUCCAAGAGAUAAUACUGCGAAACCGGAGCGGCUGGUUUCCGAUAACAUUGACACGACAAGAUGUUUUUUCUUGGAGUACGACGGGGAUGGGAAUGCCCUUGACCGGCCUGCCCAAGUGUUCGUCGACGUCCUCAAGAUCUUGCCUAACCCUGACGACGGUGAUUGCCAGUACAAUCACAGACCGCUGAACGAGAUGUUGGUCGCCUCUAUCAAGGACGCUAUGGAACGACCAGAGAAACAGAAAGAGUGGGACAUAAACACAUUCAUUCUCGCUCCAGUUGUAGAAGGCGUUAGAGGCGGCCAAAAACAGUGGGAACGCCAGCACACGGCGGAAGCUGCGAAGAGGUUGCCGACAAUGAACUUGCCAGCUGCCAGGAAAUGGGGUAUGCAUUCAUGGAAAGCACGUGCGGUCUACUUCGAUGAUGACCACCUCGAUGGGUAUGCCUACAUAUCCACAUUUGACAACACGAGGGAGACUCGCUCUAUCCCGUCAUCUUUCCGAAUGGCUGUCACCACAGUGGUCGUCACCACUGGCAGGACAUUUGUGAAGAAACUCAUGAACAUGAACGACAUCUACACGGAAGUGCGUAGGGAGAGAUACAUGGUGCGCAUGUUUAACUACGUGCUCUUCAAGUCGGAGCAGAGGGAACGGCGUGAACGGAAAGACGGAUUCUUCAUCGGGUACGAUGAUAUAAUGGCGAGAUUUGGACCGAACGGGUUGACAAAGGAAAAGUGGGAGAAGAAGAAGACAAAACUCCCGGUUGAGAGAUUGAACAAUGUGUCGAAACGCUUGGGCGGUGUCGAUGAGGGGAAGUUGGGAGACGGGAAUGUGGGGGGAUACAAGGUGACGACUGAGAUGUACAUGGAGUGUCCUUACUUUCUCAAAUUGUUCCUGCAUGAGAUAGUGGGAUCGGUCAACCAAUUGAAGAACGAGCUUCAACGCGUCAGCGCAAACGCGUUGCACAUACUCUGGGAUAAGAGGAAGUGUAAUACGACAUAUCUCCCUGUCUGCAUGGGGCCUUUGGAUGGGUUCCAGCCAACAGAGGACUUCACUCGUGUCGUGAAGAAGUUGAGUUGCCACCUUGCGGUGCUGGAUUUGGGUCCCAACAAGAGUCUUGAUUUAUGGACAGACCAGCGGUUUGUCGAGCUUCAGCAUUUGAUGAAGGUUCUAUGUGGGAUACAUUGGGCACUCGUUAUUUUUUGCGGGCUGAAAUCCGAGGACUCGAUUUUGAGGAGCAUCUUCAGGUGGGGGGAUGUGAAGGUUCUCCCGGGCUGCUGGAGGCGGCAUCACAGUACUCAGCCGUCCUUGUGUGUCCCGCUUGGAAAUCUUCCAUUGAGGAGUCGGGACUCCAUGACAAUUGUGUUGCACGACGCAGGCAAUGACUUCAAAAAAGUCACGGUCCCAUCCAAGCGUGAUAAUGUGCUUUUCGAUACAAAGUUUGAGGAGGAGAUGUUUGUAAGGUGCACACAGCAACACAUCGGCGUGGACGGCGGAGACAGAGCUGUUUAUGGUGUUUGGGAGAGAGAGCCGGCGAAGAUCAAAGAGUUGUGUUCGUGGUUUUCGAAGGAAGGGGAGGGUGUGCUCCUUCUGGGCAACGUCCAAGCUGGCUCAGUUUGGGACUUACUUCGGUCCGGCCGUCAUGUUGUGGCAUGCGAAGGUUCCUCCACCAUGCUCGAGUACUGUUCCGCGUUUAUUGAUCGUCUCGUUGGUAGUCCCGAUAGCCGUUGUCACUUCGAGCGGCCGAAGACUCAGCAUCGCCCGGACCGAGACAUGUUUCUGAAACUGGGAAAGAAGAGAGAGUCUUUGUGGAAGUACUUGUUCUGCAAUGCUCCUGAUAAGCGGACAGAGAUAGAUUAUGUUGCACGCAAAGUCAUCGCUCUCCAACAUCUCCAGCGAUACCACGAUGCCAAAAUUUGUGCAAUCGAGAUUUUCUUGGCACGUUGCGAAAACUUGUGGUUCAACAGAAAAACGGACCGCAUUGACGCAAAGACUUAUAACAAAGCCUUGGAGCCUGAAGACCAUUUCGAUUUGAUGGACAGUGAGGAGGAUACUGAGGACGACGAAAUUGACUUGCCUUCGCCUGAUGCAAGGCAUGAAGCAGGCGACGAUAACAUGCGCUUUCCUACGCUCAUGAGGAAUAUGAUCUCGGAUGUCAUGGCAAUGGAAACAGAGAUCCAAACAGUUUGUGGACCUGCUGGCAUGGGGCCCGGGGAGGAUGCCAUGGAUCUGGAGGACGAUCCAUUGUUUCGCAUGCCUGACGAUGAGGAAAAAGCUCUGAGUCCUGGGGAUGAAAUCGAAAGUCACAUGAAGGAGAGCAAAGGAGGACCUCACCUUUUGGACACAAAGUUCACAGAGACUGAGGCUUACAAAUGGGGUCAUCACAUCAUAUGGCAUUCGGGCCUGUUCGAGCCAUGUGUGGUUGACGGCAAAUGGCACAUGGCUGUCCGAGUGGGAGGGAACAAGAAAAGACUCAACAGGACUAAGUUCCUUGACAUUGCGAAGCAGCAGUUGUUGUUGCGUGUGGUCCAGGCAAACAGGGGUGCAGGAGAGGAAACUAUCAGCGAAAAGGUGAACUCCCUCUUCGAAUCACUGUUUGAAAACAAUCAUCUAGAGUACUGUGCAGCGUUAACGUCAUACAUAAAAAGAAUCCAGACGGGACAAGCGGAGGACCCGGUAAGGACAGUUUUGCUCGCAAGGAAGGGCUUAAGAGGAGGAAUGAUGAACCUGAAGAAUGGGGUUACUUGCACAACAUCACUUAAUGACUUGCGAAAAGUCGGGCUUCCAAAGGGCGUCAGUGCCAUACCAGGGGGAAAGGUAGACGGAUCGGAGUGCGGCAGGGAAUGUGUGAAGGAAAGAGCGGAACAGAGGGAGGAGGAGGCAGCAACCGACGACGUCGUGCAUAGCACUGCACAACCUCAGGGACUCUCACAACAAAAUGCAAUGCAAACAACAGCAGCCGGAAAAGACAAAACUGCAGGUACGCAGAGUCAUGGGAAUGCCGCAGUGGCCCGCGAAGAUGCGCAGACGGAUGACACAUUGUCGGCCAAGUUGCAUGACAAAACCGAAGACACCAACCGCUCUGCCAACGAAGAGACUUUGCCACGUGUGAAUUGCAGUGCGAUGGACGACAAUGCAGGAUAUGCAACAGUAUUUCAGAAGGCAAUCUUGCACGACACAGGAAGGGAGGCCACACAUCCACACAUGGAAUGCACCGGUUCCGGCUCGCAGAUAGCCACUGACACAAUGGAGAUGGAAGAUGGUGGUGGUCCAGAUGGAGUUUGUACAACAGCCGGGAAUGAAGGGGGUCAUGAUGUGUCGAAGGCCGAGGCGCUAGCGAUGAUCGAACAGGUCAUGGGCAUGGACGAGGAGGAUGGAAUGGGAAAGGAAGCUUCCUGUCGUGACGAAUCAAAUGAUAAAGGCAACCAUGUGAUCGACUUGAUCAAACAAUCAGGUAAGCAGGGAGAAAUGUCGAACAGCGAAGGAAAAACGUUGCCAUCAGCGCAGUCGGAACAAAUGGAGCGUGCCUUUCAUGAUGUGAGUGAGGGAAGGUGCAGUCCGAAGAGGGAAGCAGGAAACCAGAACGGGGAAUGUGGUGUGCGACGUUCAAAGAGAGGCAGGGAUAAGAAACUGCCGUAGCGCAAUGUGCUUGUGCGUAUGUGUUAGAGUGG